UGCCAUGGGAGACGCGGCAGCGCUCGCGAUCAGCUCAAGUCAGAAACUCUCCGUUACAAUCACGGGAAAUCAGGAUGAUUGUACUAUUCAGACGGACGAUUUCACGAUUCAUGCGGAAUUAAGGAAGGCGAAGUCUGGGUUUCGACUUGCGCAGGUUUAAAGAUACAGAAACAUUCAACACGAUAGAUUUCAGAGUUCACACAGGACCUCAGUGAACUCAUCCAGAACUCAUCCAGUCAUUAUACACGCUCUUAUUAAUGCAUUAGGCCCGACGAUAUUUCAUGCUCCCUGGAGAACACGCGCCGAAGGAGCUCCGCUUACUCCACAGGAGGAACAUCUCAACACGCUCCGAUGAGGAUUUCAGCUCUUCAGGAACAUUAAUAUUCACCCGAGCAUCUGAAUGUUUACUCAUCACCGUAUCCAGCAUGGCUGACGCCCGGAUUAAACGGCCAGUGGAACAACUCCAGGAAUUAUCGUCGCUGUGCUUGGGUUUGUCAUGGAGUAGCAGGAAGUGAGAUGGAAUUUCCUCCAUAUAAUCACAGCGAGAUGAUCUCCACGUCAGACGUCUGCUGAAGAGUUUCAUAUGGCGGAGGGCUGUGGUGGUGUUUUCUAGUAUAUUCCGGAUCGCUGCAGAUAUGCUCCAGACCAAUAACUACUCGCUGGUGCUGCUGAUCCAGCUGGCGCUGCUGACCUUUGACCUGUUCGUCAACUCCUUCAGUGAACUGCUGCGGGCCGCGCCGGUCAUACAGCUCGUGCUCUUCAUAAUCCAGGACAUCGGCAUCCUGUUUAACGUGCUCAUCAUUCUUCUCAUGAUGUUCAACACAUACGUGUUCCAGGUGGGGCUGGUGUCGCUGUUACUGGAGCGGUUCCGAGCGCUGCUGAUACUGUCUGCACUCUACCUGACUCUCAGCAUCUGCUUUCACUGCUGGGUCAUGAACCUGAGGUGGAUGGAGUCCAAUCGUUUCGUGUGGACGGACGGGCUGCAGGUUCUCUUUGUGUUCCAGAGACUGGCUGCUGUGUUGUAUUACUACUUCUACAAACGCACAACCGAGUAUCUGGGAGACCCCAGACUUUACGAAGAUUCCCCGUGGCUCCGUGAUGCAUUUGCUAGAGCGCGACAGUGAAACGAGACGCCUGGAAACAAACCCAAAAUGGUGCACGGGGGACGUUAACGUUGUGCAAUACAACACACAACCAAAGCAUUUCAAGAAACAAAACGGAUGGACUCAUUCAGAGCCCCGCCACCUUAAAACAAACUUCUGAAUUGUAGGAAAGAGCCAAGAUGGCUUCCAUGGGGCACACUGGCGACUGGAGAGAUCUCAUUUUGUGUUUUUAAUGACUGAGAAACGCAACGAGAAGUAAAGCAUCAUGAAACCCGACGUCUGAAUGUCUCAAAACGCAUCUUAGUACAAUAGUACAAAUGAUCUUACUGCCCGCACCAGGUGUAAAGCUACAAUUAUCAUAAAUUGCUUCUUACAUGUUGGUUGCGUAGACAUCUUGUUGUGUAAUGUAGUACGUACUAAAAUGUCUUUUUAAAAAUGGUUUUGGAUCAUUGCUUGAGCAGAGUUUGAUCGUACAGUCGAACUACGAGAGAUUUCGUUCACUUCGGUUUGCCUUUGAAACGACGAGUGGAAUUUGGUCUCAAGGAACUGUGUGAAUUUUUUAAAACAUUUUGUUUGUAAUGUUUUCAUAAACAUCCUCCAAAUGACACACGUUCGGUACAUUUUCAGUAAAUUGUCGACGGAGCAUCAACAAAGUGCCUCGCUGUUCACCCAACACUACACAAAGUGAGUAAACAGCAGAGCGUCAGUGCACUUGUUAUGCCGAAAUCGAGAUCGCAUUUUUCUCUCAUUUAUGUUGUACUAAUAAUGCUGAUGCUUUAUUUCUCCUAUUUAUCGCAAACAUAAGUGUUCUUUAAGAAAUAGUUCAACCAAAAAUGAAAAUGUACUCACCGACCCAAGAUGUAGACGAGUUUGUAUCUUCAUCAGAACAGAUUUGAGUGUGGAAACGGUCCAAACAACUGAUAAAAACAAUACACACGACACUUGUGAAGCGAAGAGCUGCGUGUUUGUUUGAAACAAAUCUAUGAUUAUGGGUGUUUUAACGUUAAACCGUAGCUUCCAGCUAAAAUAGUCCUCAAUCCAUAAUAUCGCUUUCUUAAAGGGGUUCUAUUAUGCUCUUUUACAAAGUCUUGAUUUUGUUUUAGGGGUGUACUAGAA